GCGUUCCAAUCUCUCAGCGAGCUAAGCAUGUACGACGAUCGUAUGAUACUUUCGAUGCGAUUCCCUCAAAAACUUUGGAGGAUCGUUAAUGCUUGCAAGAGUGGUGCGAUUCGAUGGAACAUCGAUGGUUCAACCAUUCUGUUGGAUUACAAGAAAUUUCAAGAGGAAUAUCUUGACGGAGAGAAGUCCAUUUUCAAAACGAGGAAUAUCACGAGUUUCAUCAGACAACUGAAUCUCUAUGGUUUUCGUAAAGUGACGUCGCAUAAUCGGGAUCCUCUUUGCAACUCGCAUAAUCCAAACGUUCAUGAGUUCUUGCACGAUCAUUUCCGUGCUGGUCGUGUCGAUCUUCUCUCAAGAGUCUGUCGAAAAACCGUCGGAAGAAACAAAUAUUGUCAACGUCUUGGAUCGCAGAGAUGUACGACGAUAAAACCGGAGAACUCUCCGGAAAAAGAAAUCCGCUCUACAUCGCAUUUACGAAUGUGUCAGCUUGCCUUGACCGAAGCUUUGGAACAAAUAAGACGCGAGUGUCAACAAAAGUGUUCGAAUACAUCGACUAGAAGCGAAUCUGUAUCUUCGAAACAAGGAUUGCCAGAGCUCGAACUUUUUUCCAUUCCACAAAGUGAUCAUUCUCCGAAAUACACGAUAAAAAAUGAAAUACAUUUUUGUUCAAAAAAAAGUUGCAGUCCGAUUAACGAUGACAAUCCGAAUCCUUGGUUCAUUCCUAAUACACAUAAUCUCGCUUUUUACGUCCCUUUAAAUAAUACUAAAUAAGAUCUAGUUAGUGCUUCUAC